AUUAAUGUAUACUAACUUUUGUACUGCUUUUCCCAGCACUGUAAUCUAUGUAAUAUAUGCUGCACAAAAUACACACACACACGUAAAUUUCAUUUCUCUUUCUUCUUCUUCUUCUGCCAUCAAACCCUAGCCCCAACAUACCCCCUGCCAUUUCCUUCUGAAAAUACCAUCACAAAAACAAACCCAUGUUUUCUUCCUUUUUAGAGCUUUUCUCACUCCACACAGAUAAACCCACCUUUUAAUUUAAUUCAAUAGUCUAUUUAUCUGAUGUAUAUAUCUAUCUCAAACCCUAUAUACUUUUCCUUUCCUAGCUCCUUUCCUCAAUACAUUUCUUUUUUUCAUUUUUACUAUUUUACUAUUAAUAUUUCCGCGGUCACAGUAGGCUAUUAGAUCAUAUACUACUUAAGUAAUUAAUAAUUUUUUUAUCUUGUCACAUAAGUGUAUAAUAAAGACCAGAACCAAGUUGAGGAUCUGUUUUGCUUUUGUGUUGUGAUUCACACGACACACACACUUACAAAUAGGGCUAACUCUUGGUAGAAGGAAAAGGAAAGAGAGAAAGCUUAUAUCAAACAAAAAUUCUCUUCCUUUUUUUUCUUCUCUAUAUCCUUUUGUACUUGUUCUUCUCACCAGGAAGAUUGGGUUAAUUUGCAUCCACAAUUUUCAUUUACUUUUCAGUUCCUCUCUUCCGCAAUCAACUUCUUCAUCUCCAUUUCAUUUUUAGUAGUGAAUUUUGAAGAUCGAUCGAGCUUAGCUAGCUGAAGUAAUUAUAAUUAAACAUCAUGUCAAGCUGCAUAGAUGUUGCAGUUGCGGAGCAACUUUGUUACAUCCCUUGCAACUUUUGCAAUAUUGUGCUUGCGGUGAGUGUACCAUGCAGCAGCUUAUAUGAUAUAGUGACGGUGAGAUGUGGGCACUGCACAAAUCUAUGGUCCGUCAACAUGGCCGCUGCCUUUCACUCCUUGUCUUCUUCCUGCCUGGAUGCCUCUGCUCUUCAUCAGACACUUCAGGCACCAAACUCCACCAAUGCUGCAACUCCUGAAUACAGGAUCGACUUUGGUUCCUCUUCUUCUAAAGCUCAUCAUCAUCAUCAUCAUGUUAAUACUACUAAUAAGAUGCCAACCAGACCAUCUGCUUUAGGCAUCCGCACUGAUGAUAGGAACGUUAAUCGCCCUCCCGAGAAAAGGCAGCGAAUACCUUCUGCAUACAACCAAUUCAUCAAGGAAGAGAUUCAGAGGAUCAAAGCAAGCAACCCAGAUAUCAGCCACCGGGAAGCAUUUAGUACUGCUGCUAAGAAUGUUAGUAUAUAUGCUUCAAAGUUUUUACAUUAUGUUUGGGACAAUUAUUAAGAUUAUUAUGGGUUUUGGUCUUGUGUUUGUUCUCUUUUUUUGUUGGGUUAACUCAAGUGGGCACAUUUUCCCCAUAUUCACUUUGGCUUGAUGUUGGACACCAGUGUUAACCACCCAUCCAAGGUAUAGUCCAGUUACAUUUAUUUACCUUUUACUUGGAAUUUAAAUUCUUCAGAAGGAUGCUUCAUACUACAUUCAUUCAUCUACCUGGUUAUUAGAAUAUUGAAAAUCAACUACUAUAACUUUUUCUUUUUUUUUUUUUGAGAGAAGGAAUACAUUAAACUUGCUGGAAUUGAUACUGCAUUUCAUGCACAUUGAGGAUAAAUAUAGCUUUAAUUUAGAACCAGGACCUAAUCUUAUUAUGUGACGGAAUGUGUAGUAACCAGAAUUCGUUACAAAAUGGAUAUGGUGAUGGAGUAUGUAUGAUCCCUCAUAUGUCCUAUUUACAAAGAACGCUUCUAGUGAAAAUCUCUCUUACAAAUAAAAUCGUAGGGAGUAGCUUACACUUAAAUUUCUUAGGCCUCGUUUAUUUUGAUGCACAAACAUAGUAAAAAUCCUUGUCCAAAAAAAAUUCUACUUUUAAGAUGUCUGCAUUUAGGGCUUGCUCAUGUAUUAUCUCAGGAUAGUGUAGACAAAGUCUGCAUUUUCAGUAAUGUAGCUGUGUAAUUUUUAGGUUAUGUCUCCUUCAAUAUACCAACAAAAAAAAGAGUGUAUACUUAAGAAAUAUUGAUGGUUUUUGGUAUUUAUUAUUAUUUUGUUUUUUUUUUUUUGGUAUAGGGUUCUGAGAAGCGUCUAAUGCCAAGGCCUGCAGUAAUGAAUAAAUAACGACCCAUCUCCAAGGGCAUGCAGCAAACCAAAUUGUUCUUGGAGUUUUCUCAAUGAUUUCCGAAGCAUAUAUUAUAUUUUCAACUGAUGAAGAAAACGUACCUAAGCUAUCACACUAUGAUCCCGUUGAUUUCCAUUUCGUACUUUCACAAACUCAGUUUCUUGAUUGUACUUUCUUGAAUUAAUUCUUGUUACCAUUUUCUUUUUGUGUGUUUUGUGCACUAUUAUUAUCAAUUAAGACUACUUAUUUAUUUGUUUGAUGGAAUUAUGGAAAUGAUUAUUAGUUAAUUACUCACCCUUCCAGUCUACUGGAAAGGGGUACGUAGAGGAAGUUCGUUUUUCUCUUCCACGUAACUUGUAUUUGUAAUUCACAUAUAUAAUUACCGGCGA